AUGGAGAAAUUUCACAGCCACUCCCCUCUUGGAAUUGUGUUGCUAUGCUUUCUUUCAACUUCCUUAGCCAUAUCCCCGACCAAUUUUAGCACUGAUCAGUCAUCUCUUCUUGCCUUGAAAGCUCACAUUUCAGUUGACACCCUACAAAUCUUGGCGAAAAACUGGUCCAUUGGCUCCUCUGUCUGUGAUUGGAUAGGAGUCUCUUGUGGCUCUCGUCAUCAUAGAGUGGCUGCCUUGAAUAUUUCAAACAUGGGCCUUAACGGCGCCAUCCCUCCACAACUGGGAAAUCUGUCAUUUCUUGUUUCACUUGACAUGAGUAUGAACAAUUUCCAUGGAGAACUACCACAUGAGUUUGCUGGAUUGAGCCGAUUAAAACUACUUAAUUUGGGCGUCAACAAUCUUGAAGGAGAGUUCCCCCACUGGAUUGGUUCAUUUCCUCAACUUCGUCGCUUGUCUCUCAGUAACAAUAAAUUCACUGGUCUUAUCCCAUCUUCCAUCUCUAACAUGUCAAAGCUAAAGGAGAUAAGUCUUUCGUACAACCUUCUGCAAGGAAACAUUCUUACAGGGAUUUUCAAUAUUUCCUCCCUGCAAGUGAUUAACCUAACGGGUAAUGGCCUAUCUGGAACUAUUCCAAGUGAUUUGUGUCACCAUCUUCGGGCACUAAGUCUCCUUUCCCUAUCAUUGAACAAGUUAAAUGGCCAAUUACCAUCAAGUUUAGGUCAAUGUUCAGAACUUCAGGGGCUGUCUUUGUCUUACAACCAAUUUACAGGAUCCAUACCGAAAGAAAUUGGGGACCUGAAGAAGCUUGAGGUGCUGUAUUUGGGUGCUAAUUAUUUAGAAGAUUCAGAUCCAGAAGUUGGUAAAAUUCCAAAAGGAAUUGGAGACAUGAAAAAGCUUGAUUCGCUAGAUUUGGUUGAAAACAAUUUAGAAGGUGAAAUUCCAAAAGAAAUUGGUAAUUUGACUAUGCUGAAAGAACUACAUCUUGGACAUUGCAACCUAACAGGUGAAAUUCCAAAAGAAAUUGGAGACCUAAAUAAGCUUGAGGAUUUGGAUUUGGGUGACAAUUACUUAGAAGGUGAAAUUCCAAAAGAAAUUGGUAACUUAACUAUGAUGAAAGAACUAGAUCUUCGACAUGCAAAUUUAAGAGGUGUAAUACCACGAGAGAUUGGCAACUUGUACUUUCUUGAACGACUCAACUUAGAACAAAAUAGCUUAACUGGUUCCAUACCAAUGGGGAUCUUCAACCUCUCUAGGUUAAUUGCCGUGGUAUUUGUGGGAAAUCAACUUUCAGGCAAUCUUCCAUCAACAUUUGGUUAUAGGCUUCCCAAUUUAGAACGGAUUUACCUCGGCAUUAAUUCCUUCUCUGGAGUAUUACCUACCUCAAUCUCAAAUUCUUCUAAACUUCGUAGAGUAGAUUUUAGUUCUAACAAGUUCACGGGUCCAAUUCCCACUUCCUUUGGGGACCUAAGUCUCCUAGAACUGCUAGAUCUCGCCGACAACAAUUUAACGAGCGACUCCUCAUCUCAAGAGUUGGACAUCAUCACUUCAUUGACAAAUUGCAAAAAUUUGUCAUAUUUGGAAUUGAGUGGCAAUCCAUUGAAUGCGAUCAUUCCAGAAUCGGUCAGUAAUCUUUCAACUUCCUUAGAAAGAUUACUUGCAUCAGAUUGUAAGAUCAAGGGCAGCAUUCCUGAUGGAAUUGGAAACUUUAGCAGUUUGAUCCAAUUAGAUCUAUCAAACAACGAGUUAAUUGGGUUGUUUCCAGCAAGAAUGAAAGAUUUGCAGAGGUUACAAUACAUGGAUCUUAGUAGGAACAAACUAAGCAAAGUCCCCUUACAGUUACUUUGUGUUUUCUAUAACUUGGCUACCAUAAAUCUUGCACAAAAUCAAAUUAUCAACUCAAUUCCAAAGUGCUUGGGAAAUCUUAUUUCCCUAAGGAAUCUGAACCUAAGUUACAAUAAACUAAAUUCUAUGCUACCUGUAGAACUUUGGAACCUAAAAUAUCUCUUGGUGCUUGACCUCUCCUCAAAUUUGCUGAGUGGAUCUCUACCACAAGCAAUUACGAAUAUGAAGAUGGCAGUUUGGGUAGAUUUGUCAACCAAUCAGCUCUCAGGUGGCAUUCCUGGCACUAUUGGAGAGAUGCAGAACCUGAAAAAUCUUUCUCUAGCACACAACAGAUUGCAAGGAUCGAUCCCAGAGUCAAUUGGCAAGAUGUUAAGCUUGGAGUCAUUGGAUCUAUCACAUAACUUUCUCUUUGGAUCGGUUCCAAUGUCAAUGGAGAACCUUCGGUAUCUUAGACAUUUCAAUGUCUCUUUUAACAAUUUAAGUGGUGAAGUUCCUUCCAGAGGGCCUUUUAUCAACUUCACUGCCGAAUCCUUCACUUCAAAUCAAGCCCUCUGUGGAGCUCAAAGGUUUCAUGUGCCCCCAUGUCUAAAUAAGUCAGCUCACAAAUUGAGAACAAAAAAGCUGCAUCGAACAAUUUUUAUUUUACUCGGGGUAAUAAUAGCAGCGGGAGUCUUGUCCUUUGGAUUUGUUUACCUAAGAUAUCGAAAGAAAGAUACACUUUCCAAUGGAGCAAAUUUAUCAUUAGUUGCAAUGCCAGAAAGAAUUUCAUAUUUCAAACUUCUACAAGCAACUAAUGGGUACAGCGAAAGCAAUUUGCUAGGAACUGGAAGCUUUGGAUCAGUUUAUAGAGGUACUCUUGAUGAUGGAAGGCUCGUGGCUGCUAAAGUUUUCAAUUUACAAGUCGAAGGAGCACUCAGGAGUUUUGAUGUAGAAUGUGAAGUUCUACGCAAUCUUCGCCAUAGAAACCUCACAGGAGUCAUCACCAGUUGCUCUAACCCUGAGUUUAAGGCAUUGGUGCUUGAGUUCAUGCCUAAUGGGAGUCUUGAGAAGUGGUUGUAUUCGCACAACUAUUUUUUGGAUAUGAUGCAGAGAUUAGACAUAUUGAUUGAUGUGGCAUGUGCAUUGCAGUAUCUCCACUGUGAGUAUUCAAUUCCAGUAAUUCACUGUGAUUUGAAACCAAGUAAUGUCCUGCUGGAUCAAGACAUGGUAGCCCAUCUAAGUGAUUUUAGCCUUACAAAGUUGUUGGGCGAGGAGAACAGCAUCACAUACACCAAAACACUAGCCACACUUGGCUAUCUCGCACCAGAGUAUGGAUUGGAAGGAUUAGUAUCAACAAAAUGCGAUACCUACAGUUUUGGAAUUAUUAUGCUGGAAGUCUUCACAAGAACAAAACCAAAUAGUGAAAUGUUUGGCGAAAACUUGAGCUUGAAGAGUUGGGUGAUUGAUUCAUUACCUGAUGGAUUGGCUCAUGUCAUUGAUGCAAAUUUGCUGAAGAAAAGUGACGAAUACUUUGUUGAAAAGCUAAGCUGUAUAGCCUCAAUCAUGAAAGUGGCUCUGGACUGCACGAUGGAAUCUCCAAGAGAGAGAAGCAACAUAAAAGAUGUUCUUGUUGUGCUCAAAAAGAUCAAGCUUCAGUACAUAAGUGCCCUCCAUUCAAGGACGUCGUAA